AUGGCCAACAACGCAGCCGCACCGCAACAAGGCGACCGUCUCGCCGGUCUUGCCCACACCGAGCAGCACUACUUCAACAGCUACAACCACCACGGAAUCCACGAGGAGAUGCUCAAGGACGACGUGCGCACUCGCAGCUACCGCGACGCCAUUUACCAGAACCGUCACCUGUUCAAGGACAAGGUCGUCCUCGAUGUCGGCUGCGGAACCAGCAUUCUGUCCAUGUUCGCCGCAAAGGCUGGCGCCAAGCACGUCAUUGGAGUCGACAUGUCGACCAUCAUCGACAAGGCCAAGGAGAUUGUCGAGGUCAACGGUUUGAGCGACAAGAUCACUCUCCUCCAAGGCAAGAUGGAGGAGGUUGUUCUCCCCUUCCCCGAGGUCGACAUCAUCAUCUCCGAGUGGAUGGGCUACUUCCUGCUCUACGAGUCCAUGCUGGACACCGUCCUGUGGGCCCGUGACCGCUACCUCAAGAAGGGCGGUCUCAUUUUCCCCGACAAGGCCACCAUCUUUGUCGCUGGUAUCGAGGAUGGUGACUACAAGGAGGAGAAGAUCAACUUCUGGGACAACGUCUGGGGCUUCAACUACUCUCCUCUCAAGCGCACCGCCCUCACCGAGCCCCUCGUCGAUACUGUCGACCUCAAGGCCGUCGUCACCGACCCCGCACCUCUCAUCACCCUCGACCUCUACACCUGCAAGGUCGCCGACCUGGCCUUCCACCUCCCCUACUCCCUCCCCGUCCGCCGCACCGACUACGUGCACGCCCUGAUCGCCUGGUUCGACAUUGAGUUCUCUGCCUGCCACAAGCCCGUCAAGUUCAGCACCGGCCCCCACACAAAGUACACGCAUUGGAAGCAGACCGUCUUCUACCUCGACGACAACCUUACUGUCGAGGCCGGCGAGAAGCUCAACGGCACUCUGCUCUGCAAGCCCAACGACCGCAACAGAAGAGAUCUGGACGUCGAGAUUGAGUACGCUCUCGAGGCCAACGAGCAGGGUCGCGAGGCCAAGGGCAAGUGCACCUACGUCAUGUGCUAA